GACCUAGGGCGACGGCAGCGGUGGCGGCGUCGACCCAGAGAGGAAUUUCAUUCGGCUGUUAAAUCGGGGGCAAGGGGUUGAGCGGGGCGCCGCCGAGGAAGGAAGGGCGCCGAGCAGCCGCCUGGCCUGGCCUGACCAUCCCACGCGAGGAAGACGGCGCCGGCCUUAUAGGCGGAGCGCCCGUCUCGCCGGCGACGACCGCCACCAUGGCAUUCGCGGGCCUGGAGCUGCGGUACCCCAGGGCGCUCGACCCCCACCCGAACUGGACGCUCGGCGACGCCCUCACCGACGCCACCCGCCGCUCCGCGCCGCCCACGCCCCUCAAGCAGCCGCCGGAGUGGUAUCUCGCGGCUAGCGGUGGCGACAUGAGGGAGAAGGCCUUUGUGAUGCGGGUCGAGGAGGAAGACGGCUCGGAAGAGGAAGACGACAACACCGAUGAGGAUGCCCAUGCUCUUGUGACCACCGGGGCGAGGUUCCCAUGCAAUGAUCUCGAAUGCAGUGGAUUUGAAGAUUCUGGAGAUGAAGUAGAUUGCAGCAGUGCACCAUAUCACCUGAUGGAGAAAAGGAGCCUAGAGAAGAGCAUUCUGCUUGUGCUGGAACUUGAGCAUCAUCUGAAAAUUCAAGAGGAAGUAAGAAGUAAGCUAUCUUCAUUGGAGCUAUGCCAUCAAAAUGAAAUCCAGAGAACAAUUUCUGCAUUUGCCCGACUUCAGAAAUAUGCAGAAUCACGAAAAGAGAUAGAUAGAAGGCUGGAUGUCCAGUUCCAGAGAAAAAUUGCAGAAGUACUCGAUAAACACUUGUCUAUGGUACAAAGGGAUCAUGGACAGAAAUCCCAGAUUGUGGAACGUAGAAUAAGAGAUGAUGCAGCUGUUGAAGAAGCUAAAAGGGAGCAAUCUAUGAAGGAAGAAAAAGUAAAUCAGGAAAGGACUAGAAAAGAAGCAGAGGCCCGGCAGAAGGCAGCUGGAAAAUUAGCAGCUGAAGCACAGAAAGCAGCAUACGAGGGAGCUGCUAUAUUGAGGGUAGAGACAGUUUCUACAUCUAGCCAAAUUUCUCAGAACAGUGUUUCUCAUGCAACAAUGGUGAACAACAUUGGAGUCAAAUCAGAAUUACCAGGAAUCAAAGUUUUUGCUGAUAGUAUCGCAUUAGAAGCGGAAUUGCGGAGGCGCGCAUUACAUGACCAAGUGUCUUCAAAUAUUUACCUAAGCAAGGAGUAUAGCCAAUAUGGCCGACAAAUUGGAAACUCUAUUGGUAAACUUACGCCAACUACUGACAGUGUCAAAGCCAGGGCUAGUGAGCUUAUUGAAGCUUUAGAUGGACAAGAUUGUCCUCAUCCAAUUGCUUGUCGUUUAUUUGCAGACAAGAUGAUUUCCAUAGUCAAGAGUCGAAAUACAAAGGACAAAACCUUUGGACCGUUAGCCUUUGCUUGUGGCUAUGUAAUGCUACUAGUCACUAAUCAGGUACCAGAUGCGAUGGAUUAUCUCCUAGCCGAGUUCCACAAAGUUUGCAUGUACACAGUUCCAAAGCACCUGCAUGCUUUAAAUGCACAAGCACGAAACUCAGAUUACUACAGGCUUAUUGGCUACCAGGAAGAAGUUGAAAAAUCUCAGAGCACUGAGUCGUAUUUGGUAAAUGUUGUUGCAUACGUCAAACUGUAUGCUGCCAUGAUUCAGACAGAAAUCAAGGGCGUGCGGCAUCCACAUGGCUUAGCCGAGGGAUGGAAAUGGCUCGCGAUGUUCCUCAAUACGCUCCCAGCCAUCACAGCCACAGCUUUCGCCCUUCAUGCUUUCCUCAAGAUGGCCGGUUUUGCGCUUCACAAGAAAUAUGGUUCGCAGUUCAUGAAGAUCCUAGAUGUAAUAUCCCGGCGCUUCAUACCAGCUUUGAAAGAACAAGGCAUGAAGGUUCAGGCAGAGGCUAUCAGCAAUCUACAGAAUUAUCUGAAGGACAAGGUUUAUCUGGAGGAGCCGGAAGGGCGGUACCUUGCCCAGCACCUGCUGUCGAAAGUGUUCAUGUGUGAAGAUCAACACCGGAUGGCUACCAGUGCUCCGGUUUCGUCGAGGGAGUAAGCUGACGUGUGGAGAAGCCCCCAAAUCGGCUGACGAUCAUCUUAGAUGGUAAAUUCGGAUGUAGUAGAAGUGCCACUUGGUAGAGGUCACCCAAUUCGCUGUAAUUUACGCCUGCACGUACUGCAAGGCACAGGCAUAUCUUGUCUAUAUCAGAUUCAUGUCAACAUUCUUCUGAAUGUAAGUAGUCAUCAACUCAACAAGACCGUGCACCAUUAUACUAGUACUUAAGCUUUUUGCAAAAAUUAAAUAGAAAACUCUAGUACUUAAGUGGCA